AUGUCUAAUACUGCAACACUUAAGCUGGAAGCAAUUCCUGUCGAUAAAGAGGUUGAAAACCUGAUCAGAUCGUCUGACAAAUUAUCAGUCGGAUUCGGCCAGACUGAAAACGUGAAUUACGGGCCUGAUCCUAUUGGUCUGGAUAUUCUACCAGAGAGCACAAGACAAAGACUUGUCGAGUCCGGAAUUGAUAUUUCUAAGGGAUAUCCUUCUAGACCCGAUAAAUCACUUGUGCCAGUUUUCCUUGACGAGGCCACAGCAAUCCGCGACGACGACUACGAGUACAUUGAAAGAGGUAAGAAUGCGGAUCCCGAAAAGAAAGCCCUUUUUGGUGCAGCAAAGGAGGUCAUCAAUUUGACAAAACAUGUCGGAACAGAAAUCGUCGGGUUGCAACUGGAGGAUCUGAAUGACAAGCAAAAGGACGAAUUGGCACUUCUGGUUGCAGAAAGAGUUGUUGUCUUUUUUAGGGACCAGAAGCUGUCUCCACAGAAGCAGCUUGAACUAGGAGACUACUGGGGACGGGCAGAAAGACAUCCACAAACUUCACAAGUGAACGGAGUUCCCGGUGUCUCUGUUAUUUGGGUGGAUUAUUACCGGAAGUCGUAUGGAUUGAACUUGACGUUCAAAAACAAUGCUUUAGGAAACUGGGAUGCCACCAAGCACACGGUCAGAGGUCCACAAGUUUGGCACACUGAUCUAGUUCACGAAAAGCGGCCAUCCGGGAUUACCCAUUUACAUUUGGAUGCCAUUCCAAACGUUGGAGGCGACACUUCCUGGGCCUCUGGAUACGCUGCGUACGACAAGCUUUCGGAAUCUUUCAAAAAGUUUUUGGACGGAAAGAAAGCUGUGUAUGUUUCUGCUCACGGCUACCUGGACAGAAAAAACCCAUUUUCUGGCCCAAAGAGAAUUGAGAGGGUCCAUCCUUUGGUCAGAACCCAUCCUGCUACCGGUUGGAAAUUUUUGUACGUGAACAGAACGAUGACCAAGCGGAUACUUGGUGUUUCUUCCGUUGAAUCCGACUUGAUCUUAAACUAUUUGUUUGAGGUCUACGAGAAAAAUGCAGACAUCCAAGCUCGGUUCAAGUGGACUCCAUCCUCAAAGCCUGGGUAUGGAACAUCGGCUAUCUGGGAUAACAGAGUCUCUCAACACUCUGCUGCUUGGGAUCACGAGGGCAACGAAUCUCGUCAUGGUACGAGAGUGACAUCUCUGGCAGAAAUACCUUACUUUGAUCCGGAGUCAAAAUCUCAGCGCGAGGAUCUUGGACUAUCAUUAGAUGAGAGAGACUUUUUUUAG